UUGAAUCUGCAGAGAACUCAGAUGAUUCAUGAAGGCAGAUGAAGACGAUGUUGUCCUUGGAACCCAGAGCCCUAGUCCUAGUCCAGCUGUCACUAAAGUACCUGCUCCUGGAGGAGCUGUUGGGCACCUGUGCGGGAACCCAUACUCUGCACUAUGACCUCAUGGCCUUGUCUCUGGAGGUGUCAAGGAAGUCCCAAUUCAGGGCCCAGGGAUACAUUGACAAUGAGCUCUUCCUGCUCUAUGAUGGCUACAGGAGAAGAGCAGAGCUUUGGGGGCCUAGGAUCAAGGGACAAGGAGGAGCUGAGAUUUGGGCAAGAGAGACUGAGGGCAUGCAGGAGAAGGAGGAGCAACUCAGGAGGAUGCUGACUGAGGUCAUGACCCAGAAGGGCCAGCAUGGAGGUGAGUAG